AUGGGAAAGUCUCAAACCCCCAAGGUUGAGCCCCAGGAGAAGAAGAAGACCCCCAAGGGCCGCGCCAAGAAGAGGCUCACAUACACCCGCCGUUUCGUGAACGUCACCAUGACCGGUGGCAAGCGCAAGGUCAGUAGAGAUCGCGUAUCUGCACAAUGGGCAAGAGCUGAAACGUCCCAGAUGAACCCUAACCCAACCUCAUAA